UUUCCCAUCAAUUCUUUCUCAAUCACCAUUCAUCAAUGUCAUUUCUUUGCUUUUCACCCUUUUCUCAUUUCAUUUUCUUUCUUGGCAUACACUUUUGAUGCUUCCAUGUGAAAAACUUCAUGCAUUCCCUCCAUUUUUUUUUCUUGGGAUUUCAUGCUUUGCUUUUCCCUCCAAGUUAUUCAGUUCAACUCACAAGAUCGCUUCUGGGUUUGACUGAGCCAGAAAUUCCUUGCUAAGUACCCGAAAAAGUUGUAGUUGGGUAGAUGAACAAACUCAGACGGAUAAAACAAGGUAUUGCUUGAAUUAUUUGGCAUUAUAUAUCUUUCUUAUUUGAAUGGUUUAGUAAACAUCAAGGUUCAUGGAUUUGUGGUUUUCUGGUUUGUACAUUGAAUUUAUUAAAGAAAAACAAAGAAAGAUCUUGGCUUGAUUGGUGGGUAUGAAAAUCUGAAGGGAUAGAUCAAAAAUUAGCUUUGGUUUAGGUAAGGGAUUCACCAAUAAAAUUUUUAUUCUUGGGGAGCAGAAAUUUGGUGUUUCAAGCAAGGAAUUGACGGAGUGGGUUCAGGAGAGAAACAGCCAUAUAAAACCUGGAGUCAGUUGUUUUCAGGAGAGCAAAAUUUCAGCACCAGUUGGACCUCAAUCCUGAUAGGAGAUAAAGACUAACAAAAUAUCUACUCUUUCUUUGUAGAAUUCGGGAUUGGGGGUUUUCUCUGGUAUUCUUGAUAAGUUGAUUUUGCUCGGAAAAGGAUGGUUGGAAGCAUUGAGAAUUUCCAUGGUAGUAUGUACUCGAAUGGGUCAAUUCAGAAUUUUAACGGUUUGGAAGAGAAACUUGAUGAGCUCCGGCACCUUCUUGGAAAGGCUGACGGUGAUCCUUUGAGGAUUGUGAGUGUUGGGGCUGGUGCUUGGGGCAGUGUCUUUGCUGCUUUGCUGCAGGAUAGCUAUGGCCAGUUCCGCGAAAAGGUUCAGAUCAGGAUAUGGAGAAGGCCUGGAAGAGCUGUUGACAGAGCCACGGCUGAACAUCUCUUUGAAGUGAUCAAUUCUAGGGAGGAUGUACUGAGGAGGUUGAUCCGGCGCUGUGCCUAUUUGAAAUAUGUGGAGGGAAGGCUAGGUGAUCGCACACUUUAUGCUGAUGAGAUCUUGAAGGAUGGAUUUUGUUUGAACAUGAUUGAUACCCCACUUUGUCCUUUGAAGGUGGUGACUAACUUACAGGAAGCUGUUUGGGAUGCUGAUAUUGUGGUGAAUGGCUUACCUUCCACGGAAACUCAGGAGGCAUUUGAAGAGAUAAGUCAGUAUUGGAAGGAGAGAAUAACAGUGCCUAUCAUCAUCUCUCUGUCAAAGGGUAUAGAGGCUGCACUGGAACCUGUUCCCCAUAUUAUAACCCCCACGCAAAUGAUUAAUCGAGCAACUGGAGUGCCUAUAGAGAACAUCCUAUAUCUCGGGGGACCAAAUAUUGCUUCUGAGAUCUAUAACAAAGAAUAUGCUAAUGCUCGAAUAUGUGGAGCUGAAAAGUGGAGGAAACCACUUGCAAAAUUUUUAAGGCAACCCCAUUUCAUAGUUUGGGAUAACAGUGACCUUGUCACUCAUGAAGUCAUGGGUGGUCUGAAGAAUGUCUAUGCCAUUGGAGCUGGAAUGGUAGCAGCCCUUACCAAUGAGAGUGCUACCAGUAAAUCAGUAUAUUUUGCACAUUGUACUUCAGAGAUGAUUUUUAUUACUCAUUUAUUGGCGGAGGAACCUGAGAAACUUGCAGGUCCUUUGCUUGCUGAUACUUAUGUGACAUUGUUAAAAGGUCGUAAUGCAUGGUAUGGCCAAAUGUUAGCCAAGGGUGAAUUAAGCCGGGAUAUGGGUGAUAGCAUCAGUGGCAAAGGAAUGAUUCAGGGUGUCUCUGCUGUGGGAGCAUUCUAUGAACUUCUAAGUCAACCUAGCUUGAGUGUCUUGCAUCCUGGAGAAAAGAAGCCGGUAGCUCCUGUUGAGCUCUGCCCCAUCUUAAAAACUCUCUACAAAAUACUUAUUUCAAGGGAGGAGUCAUCUCAAGCUAUCCUUCAAGCACUAAGGGAUGAAACCUUGAAUGAUCCCCGGGAACGGAUUGAGAUUGCACAGAGCCAUGCAUUCUAUAGACCUUCACUGCUUGGCCAGCCAUGACUUGUUUUCAAAACCAAACUUAGUGGUGAAGGAUUCAAUAAUUGACAUGGAAAUUCAAGCUGUUAUUGUAGAAAAAUAUAAUGGUCUUGUAAUGUACUGUGGAUUUGGUAUAAUUAUAUAAAAUCUUAAGUGCUUUUACUUUGACUUUGUCUUGUCUUUCCUGCUUAUAAAAUAAUUAAAGGUUUAAGAAAACCAAAUUAGCACAUACAAAGGAGGGAACAGGAAGCAGCAAAGAAAUGGCGAAAGGAAGCGACUUUCAAGAAACCCUAAAACCCUUUUACCAGAGAGCUGCAGAAGCCGAGGAACGUUUAUCCAGGCUAGAAGCUGCUCUUGAAAGUAAGAAAGGUGCUGGAAAUGCAGAUGCUGAAAAAGAAGAGCUCUUGAAAACAAUUUGUGAACUUCAAGGAAAGCUAGAAGAUGCAAAUACAGAGAUACUUUCAUUUCGAGAAAAGGAAAAGAAACUUGUUGCUGAGAUUGAAAAGCUCAAAUAUCGAGAGGUCCAUCUUGUCCGGGCAGUUAGAGAGGCUGA